CUAGCAUUUGUGAAUUAGUAUCCAAGCAACUGUGUUCAGUGAUAAAAGUGAGGACCACUUUUAUAGCGGUCACACUUUGCCCAGGUACAGAGCUGUCGAUUGUGUUGUUGACCAGUGGUUGAAUUGCAUACCAGUUUACAAAUACCAGUGCAAGAUGGGUGAAUUUGCAAACGGUCUCUGUGGUUGUAUGAACAAUUGUACCCUGUGUCUCAUCACAUAUGUAGCACCUUGUUACACGGCAGGUAAAAAUGCCGAGGCUGUGGGCGACAGUUGUAUCAUGGUAGGAGCUCUGUACUGGGUAUUCCCUAUUGUUGGUAUCUAUCUGUCUGCCAAAGUCCGUGAGAAAGUCAGGGAACAGAAAGGAAUUGAAGGUGGUUUUGGUUCCGACUGCUUAGUUCAUUUAUUCUGUCCAAUUUGUGCGCUGGUACAAGACGCCCAGGAAAUCCGACCUGGAGAGGUUACUCAGGGAGAGUCCAUGGCAAGAGAAUAGAAAAAGCAAGAACUUGUGAUAUGUACAUACGUCAGAACUCAAUUCAACCAAUCAAGUUGUGUGUAAAAAUAAUCAACAAAUUAACACUGCAAGAACAUUUAUCAAAGCCAUUAGUGCUGACGUGGGAUGAUACCCAGCGUAUGAUUGAUCUAUUUCUUGAAUCACUAUCUCAACAAAUGGCUACUAUAACAUUCUUGAAUUAACGGAAACACCCGAGGAUAAAAACAUUUAUAUCCAAAAACUGAAUCACCCAACCUGCCUUACAGAUUUAGUUUCUCUAAGUAUGUCAAAUGAUUGACAUAAGUUACAAAUAUAGCGCGUUCUGUACAGUUAACCGUAGACAUACGGCUAGGUCUUAAUACUUUUUGUAUGAUAUUUCAGCAUUUUUAUAUCUAUGGUGUAAAUUGAACAAAUAAAUAUUAUUUUCGUCUUUACA